UGUAUCUGCCCAUUAUCAAUUGGUCACAAAUGAAGUGUCAGCACAGGAGGCGCAAGGGGACCAGAGAUGGAGAGACGGAUGUAAUAUGUGCUGGAAAAGCACAAAUAUCUCCUCCUUCAGCAACCUCUGCAUCAGGCGUGUCAGGUUUGCACUAAGGCAGCAGUGACGCCCAGUUUGUUGGCUGCUGGUUUAUCAGUGCGGCGCGCGCGUGGUGCGUGAGCGCUUGGAGACGUAGGGCUGCGCGUGGGUCGCUACGAGGGGUGUGUGUGUCUGUGACACUAGGCUACUCCACAACACCGAUUAGACAUUACAUAUCAACCUACGGCGGGCCACGGAGCAUCGCAUCCCUCACACUGGAAACCAACGCUCUUAAACGGCAUCCGCGCAGUUGUGCCAUUCAAACCGUUUGAACAGCGCUCCUUCGCGAAUACACCCUGCUCCGGAGGUGGCUUCUAACACCGUACAAUGACACUGACCCAUAGCCGCAGAUAGGGAUGGAUCCAAGAGUGUGGAGGAUGCUCGCGCUGCUCGGGGUGUUUGCAGUCUUUCUGGAGGUGAAUGGUGAUGACAGCUACCUGAAUGCAGUGCAGAAUACAGUUCCUCUGUCCUGCUCCGAGGGCUUCACUGAGCUGGGCUAUUACAAUGGCACCGUUUCUCAGACCGACUCAGGUUCACCCUGUCUGAAGUGGACUGAAUUCCCAGAUUACGUGCAGCAGUAUCCGGGCAGGGGUCUGGGAGAGCACAAUUUUUGUCGAAAUCCUGACCGUGAGUCUAACCCAUGGUGCUUUUUCAGACAGAGCUCAGGGGCCAUUGGUUGGGCCUACUGCGACUGCCACCAAGGAGCGGUCAGGUUAGCGGGAGGUUCGUCCUCAAAUAGUGGCCGACUAGAGGUCUACCUGAACGGCCAGUGGGGGUCAAUUUGUGACACGCAUUGGACAGACCGUGAUGCCAGUGUGGUUUGCCGACAGCUUGGACUGAGUGAGAUUGGCACAGCUCUCCAGCACUCAUAUUUUGGCCCCGGCUCCGGGCUUUUUCACUACGCCCGCCUUGGCUGCCGUGGUGAUGAGAAAUCCCUGCUGGAGUGCCGGAGCAGGAAGUUUGUUACUAGUGACUGUAACCAUGGGAACGAGGCCGGAGUGCUGUGCGCACCACCUGAAGGUAAUGGACCGCCACUGCGGCUGGUUGGUGGGGAGGAGGACUUUGAGGGACGAGUUGAGGUCUUCCAUGAUGGGCGCUGGGGGACCAUUUGUGAUGAUCAGUGGGAUGACAUGGAUGCUGAGGUGGUCUGCAGGCAGCUCGGAUUGGGGGGGAUCCCCAAAGCCUGGUCAUGGGCUCAUUUCGGCCAGGGCAGUGGGCCGAUCCAACUGGAUGCAGUACAGUGCACAGGCAAUGAGCUCUCUCUGGACGAGUGCCGUCACAGCGGAUGGGAACAACACAACUGUGACCAUAUGGAAGAUGCUGGGGUGUCAUGCAACCCCUAUUCAGAUGGCGUGGUGAGACUGGUAGACGGUGAUAACCCAUGGGAAGGUCGUCUGGAAGUAUAUCACUCCGGGGACUGGGGCACAGUGUGCGAUGACAGCUGGACGGAGCAGCAUGCGCAGGUGGUCUGCAGACAGCUGGGAUUCAGGGGCGGUGCGGAGGUCGCACCCUCUGGCGCGUUUGGAGAAGGAACGGGGCUGAUUCUGCUGGACGAUGUGGAGUGUGAGGGGAGUGAGAGCUCUUUGCUGGAGUGCAAACAUAGCGUGUGGGGUCGACACGAUUGCUCUCAUAGCGAAGAUGUUGGAAUACGCUGCCACAGGGUAGAAAACAAUGAGGUCCCGCUGGCUCCAGAAAGUACUGGACCUCUGGUACGAUUGGCAGGUGGCGACAAUAGAAAAGAGGGCAGAGUGGAGGUGUUUCUUAACGGAGAGUGGGGAAGUGUCUGUGAUUAUGGCUGGAAUGAUGUCAAUGCUGUUGUCGUCUGCAGACAGCUUGGAUUCACUGGGGUGUCAAAAGCGCGGCCGAUGGGUUAUUUCGGAGCAGGGAAGGGGACCGUCCAUCUGACCAAUGUGAGGUGCACUGGGAAGGAGUCGUUCCUCGGAGAAUGCCCUUCUAAAGGACAAGACAGCCACGCUUGUAAGCACGGACAGGAUGCAGGUGUAGCGUGUGAUUAUUUGCCGGAGCCAGAGGCUGACAUAGCAGUGGUGGGCACACACACCUGCGGUUUGAGAGCUGGCGCUGAGAGACGCAGCAAGAGAAUUGUGGGUGGAUACAAAUCUCUCAGGGGUGACUGGCCCUGGCAGGCGUCCCUGUGGCUCAGAUCUCAGUCUAAAGGGAAUCAGCCUCUGUGCGGAGCGACUCUCAUCAACUCCUGCUGGCUGCUCACUGCAGCUCACUGCUUUAAACGGUUUGGCAGUGAUGCUUCACGGUACGUGGUGAAGCUCGGGGAUUAUCACACGCGGGAACAGGAUGAUUUUGAACGUGUGCUCUCUCCAGAGCGCAUAGAGGUGCACAGGAAGUACCGAACGGAGAGCUGGGAGCAUGACGUGGCUCUGGUCCGGCUGAAGGGCGCCGAGGGGAAGUGCGUGGCCUUUAACCCUCAUACUAACGCCGCCUGCCUGCCUGCACCUGGCAGCAAGUGGGGCAAGAGACCUGCGUCUUGUGUCAUCACUGGCUGGGGAAUGACAGACACUGAGCAUCCCAGCACUCUUCUUCAGGCCUGGGUUCCUCUUCUGCCCUCGUGGCAAUGUAAGAAGCGCUAUGGCGAGCGUUUCACAAGCCACGACAUGCUGUGUGCGGGCAGCAUGACGUCUGACCUGAGAAAGCAUGCUGACAGCUGCCAGGGCGACAGCGGGGGUCCGCUAGUGUGUCAGGGCGAGGCAGGGCGCUGGGUACUGACAGGGGUCAUUUCCUGGGGUCACGGCUGCGGUGACCCCUCGUACCCAGGUGUGUAUUCACGGGUCAGCCGUUACCUGCUCUGGAUCGAACAGGUGACACACAGCACCGCCCCUCUUCAGCACUGAAGCACCACUCUCUCGGAAAACCACCCGCCCGUCACACCUCAGAGACCCAGGACUCUAUGAAAGGAAAAACAAGAGCCUGAGAGUGUUUAACACCUGCUAUAUGCUUUCAACACCCUGGAUCUUAAUUCCUCUGUAUUCUAUCUGUACAAUUCAAUUUGGCAUCUUUAGCAUUUAGAGAUUAGGAAGUCUAGAGUCUGGGAAGGUUUUCAUUCAUCUAGGACACUGUAGAAUGACCCGUGUGAUGUUAAAGGGACAAUUUACCUUUAAUAAUGUCCGCUCAUCAUUUACUCACCCUCUAGUUCCAAACCCGUACGAGGGUUAGUAAAUGAGGAUAACAUUUUCAUUUUAGUGUGCGACAUGUGAUUCUACUGUGCAUUUAAAAUGUUUCUAGCGCCAUCCAGAGGCUGCAGUGCAUGUUAAUGUAUGUAUUGUCUUUAAAAGCCAUCUGAUGCAGCUGCCCAGGCCUUCCGCAUGGUAUAGAAUGGUAGCAAAAGCUCUGCAAAAGCAGGUUUGAUUUUUAUUCUGUGGGGUGGAAGAAAAAGGAAUGGAUUCUUUUACUAUUCUUAUUUAACAGAAGGCUUGAACUGCACCUUCGUGGAAACAUUUUCAGUGUUGUGGAUUAGACAAGUAAAAUGAAUCACGUAGGCUUUAUUAGAUUAGCGACAGUCGAAGUGAUCUUUAAAGCCAUGUGUCUUCUUGUAUGUGUCAUACAUUUAAUGCCGUUUUUAAAUCAUGUACAGUCAAUUAUGAUAUUUAACUUUUCAAAUUGGCAUUCAUUUACUAUCAAUUUUGAUGCAUUAACAUACAGCUCUUGAAGAUAAAUGACUGUUUGUUUUGUUUGUCACAGUCUAAGUACAAGUUUUAGAAUGGCAUUUUAGAAUCAUAAUAGCGAAUAACCUAAUGUGACUUUUCUCUUAUUUGUCAUGGUGAUUUAAUACGCGUGUCAUUAUGUAAAGGUAGUAUGGCAAUUGAUAAUGGGGUUUGUCCAUUCAAAGGAUGAAAUCAAGAGGAGUUUCUCAUUUCUAAUGUGUAGAAAGUGCAAGUUUGUGACUGACUAUAUUUUGGUUGACAGUCAGUAUAAUGAGAUUUUAUUUUGUAGCAUCUGUACUUUGUUCUGUGAACUGUGUGUUUUCAUCCAGUGGGUGGCGAUAUUGUGCUGUUUUUUUUUACUCAAUUCUGUUCUGUAUAUAGAUUCUAGAUUAUUCAGUCUGUUUCUUAUUUUUAAACCCCUUUUGACUGUUUCUUCACGAAUUCCAUCAGAAUUCCAGGACAGAAUUCAUGCAAAGAAUGACAGAUUUUUGUAUUUAAUUUGAAGAGUAAAAAAGUAAGCAACAAGGGCUCUUUAAAAUUCAUCAUUAAGAGAGGCAAUAGGCAAAUUUAGGCUAUAUAAGAAAUGACAUCACAGAUGAUGGAUGAGAAUGUAAAAGCCAAGAGCUUCAUAUACAUCCAAUUUUUGUCGUGAUUGCACAUUUAGAUGUGAUGAAAAUCUGAAU